AUGGAAUAUCUUGCUGAUAGUUUAUUAAGCAAUUACCAGAUCAAGAUCAUCCUCAGGGGUCUGAUUCGGGACCCUAAUCUAACAACUGCAAUAAUUCAAAAGCAACAUCUAAUAUCUUAUCUAAACAGACAGGAUAUUAAUGGUCUUAUCUUCCUCCAGAAUACUGACCAGAACUUGAAGGACUAUAUUCAAGAAUAUUAUUAUGAUUCUCAGGGUACCAUGACCAAUGCAAAAACUCAAAACAAUAUACCAUUACUAACUGAUAUAGAGUAUGAAAAUGCUAAUGUCCAGAAUUGGGCAUCUCAAAAGAAAGGGGCUGUGAUCAAGGCAGGAUUAAAUAAAUCCCAUCAGAAGUUAUAUAUAUCUGGCAAGUACUUGAGUCUGGUGAAGUCGAAAACGCCGAAGCUUUACCCUUACCACAAGGAAAUACAAGAUCAAGGUCUCAAAACUCCUCAAGAAUUGGUGAUGAUGAGUCAAUAA